UACUUAUUAGCCUGAAAAGGAAGGUCAUUUUGUUAAGCAAUAUAAAACCAAAAAUACCACCUUUCCUUAUUGGAAUUGGAGUAUGAUAUAAUAUUGGUAUAUAAUGCUCUAUUCAAAGAAACUGCUGCUUUCAAUAAUUCAAAAACCCUUUAUUGCAAUUUACAACCCAUCCACCUACCUACACUCAAUUGGCACUGCUGCAACUCUCUUUCUCUCUCUCUCAUAUUUACACACACAUACAAGUUGUAUUCAUUCUAGCUAAGCUUUUGCCAGUUGCCAGUUCCAGCCAUAAUGGAGUUGUUGUCAGAGAAUGAAUGGCUGAGAAGUGAAUCCCAGUUUACUACUUCCAAGCUUCUUUGAAACUCUUUUUCUUAUUUUUUCAAGAUUUCCAUUUAUCUGCAUUCCUCUUCCUAUUUUCAGUUUCUACUCGGCUUCUCCUUCAUUUUAAGUUAUAUCUCUCCCUCUUUUACUAAUUUUUGUACACUGCUGCCUAUUUGCUUUUCAAGACUUGUUUGUAUCUUGUGUAUAGUGUUAAGGAAAACAAAUUAAGAAUGAAUGUCUACUUUUGGUAGUGAUGGAAUAAAAAUCUCAUCUUUACUAUUUCUGCUUCCUUUUUCUUUGGUAGUAGCCAGUAGUAGGUAAACAAUUUUUAGUGGAUCUUAAUUUUUGUGGCUGCUAGCUGAAGAAAUAGUUGACUUAGCUUGACCAUGAACACUCCAAAUUUCUGAUAUAUAUAUGCUUCACCAAUUACUGGCUUAAGUAGAUCUUGCUGUUUAGGGUCUGUUUGUUAGGGCAGAUUACUCUUUUAUCUUGGUGUUAUCUGACCUAAAAUGAUUUAAAAUAUAUGUUCUUAUCUUAUUUUGCUAGUACUAUAUGAUAGGAAUGUAUGAAUAGGUGUUAAUUUGAUAUAGUAUUAUAAGGAUACAUAAAGAGAUGAAGAAUGUGCAAGUGCAGGUGCAUGAAUUAAGUGAAAUAUGGAAAUGGAAUCAUCAGCAUCAUCAUGUAAAAGAGCAAAGGCCCCUCAGAGUCAGACAGUUGUAGCUGCUCAAUGCUUAGUAGAUGGUUGUGAUGCUGAUUUAAGGCUAUGUAGAGACUAUCACCGCCGCCACAAAGUGUGCGAGGCUCACUCGAAAACCCCUAAGGUCACCAUUGCUGGCCGAGAGCAACGCUUCUGCCAGCAAUGCAGCAGGUUCCACUCGCUGGUAGAGUUCGAUGAGGGAAAGAGGAGCUGCAGGAAGCGGCUGGAUGGGCACAACCGGAGGCGGAGGAAGCCUCAGCCCCCACCGGAUCACUCAUCCGCAUUGCUCCAAGGAGGAGGGACGCUUGUUUCGUUCACUACGCCUCAUUCGUCAUGGGCUGGGCUUGGGCUUGGACUCCACCAGGAUAACAUGCUCUACAACACUAGUAAUUCAAGCAGUCAGACUUUGCAGAAUCACAACAACAACUACAACUACUAUAAUGGUGGUGAGAGUGAGAGAAUGAACUCAUCGGCAUUUCAUCAAACAGAUGAUGGGUAUAAGUAUUCGUGUGAUCCUGCUCUCUCUCUUCUGUCAGUUGAAGUUGAAACUCCUCCGCCUCCGCCUCCUCACCACCAGCUCCACUACUGCCCUUCAACGCACCACCACCAGUCAUCAACUACUCGGACUUUCACCUGGGAUCACUAGCUCCAUUGUUGCAAUUUCGAAUACUAUUUGCUCUCUCUUCAUUUCUGCAUCUGUUGUCGAUAUGUGUAUCAAUUUUCUACUCCUCCCGCUUUUGUUUCGUUGGUUUUUUAUUUAAUCAUAAGCUCAUUCAAACUA